UAACAGAACCGAAGAUAGCCGACGAUUAAUCAAUGAAGGUGUGUUUCUGUACGAAAAAAUAGAGGUAAAUGUUUUUGUCUGAUAAGAUUAAGAUAAAUAAGAAAACUUAGGUGUCCUGAGUAAACACCGAAAUCCAAAAUGAAUCGCUAGAUUACCGGAUAUUGCGAGAAACCGCUGCAAUUAUUUUACACGACAUGUCUUUCCCAAGUACAGGACAGGGACUGUCCAAACUCAAAAAGAAACAUUUUCGGGUGAAACACCAAAAAGUCAAGCUUUUCAGGGCUAAUGAACCGUUUCUAUCGGUUUUGAUGUGGGGAAUCAACCACACGAUAAAUGAGCUUAUGCAUGUUACCAUCCCUGUCAUGUUGCUGCCAGAUGAUUUCAGGGCAUAUUCCAAAAUUAAAAUAGAUAACCAUCUUUUUAAUAAGGAGAAUAUGCCCUCUCAUUUCAAGGUUAAAGAAUAUUGUCCCAUGGUGUUCCGCAAUAUUCGAGAGAGGUUUGGAAUUGAUGAUUUGGAUUAUAAGGAAUCUUUGACAAGGUCUCAGCCUUUGCCUGAGGAUUCUUCUGGUAAAAGUGGUGCUAAAUUCUACCAUACAUCUGACAAACUCUUCAUAAUAAAAACCUUGACUUCGGAAGAGGUCGAAAGAAUGCAUUCUUUCCUCAAGCAAUACCAUCCAUAUAUUGUGGAGAGACACGGAAAGACACUUCUACCUCAGUACCUAGGGAUGUACAGACUUACUGUUGAUAACGUAGAAAACUAUAUUGUUGUUACAAGGAAUGUUUUCUCGAACCAUUUACACAUCCACAGGAAGUUUGACCUGAAAGGAUCCACUGUAGAUAGGGAAGCUUCAGAAAAGGAGAGAGAAAAGGAACUUCCAACUUACAAGGAUAACGAUUUUGUUAAUGAACAGAUGAAGGUAUACAUCGGAGAAGAGGCCAAAAGUAAGUUGAUGGAAACUUUGACUGCCGAUGUUGAGUUUUUGACUAAACUGCAUCUGAUGGAUUACAGUCUAUUAUUGGGUAUUCACGAAGUUGAGCGUGGCGAAUUGGAGAUGGCUAGGGAAAGAGAACUAGAGGCUGAACACCCUUGCGGUGAUUCCGAUGAGAGCGAAUGCGGCUCAGGAUUUGACCAAAGACGUUUUGAAAUGACCACACCACCUGAUUCCCCAAAUGCCAUAGCACAGUUCGUCAGGGAACACAGUUUACAAUAUGAGGGUGGUAUUAUCCCGGAAUUGGACAUUUACGCCAUACCAAGUUGCGAUUCCGCACCAGUCAAAGAAAUAUACUUUGUGGCCAUUAUCGACGUCCUCACCCAUUACGGCGUCAAAAAGCAGGCUGCCAAGGCGGCCAAAACAGUCAAAUACGGUUCUAACGUGGACGGUAUAAGCACAUGCGAUCCGGAACAGUAUGCCAAAAGAUUUAUCGAAUUCAUGAAUAAGGCCAUAGAGUGAAUUUAUCUGGUGGUACCAAGAACAACAGUGUGGAUCUUGUAGUAGUUUUGGGACCGUUUCUAUAUGCCAUUAACGUUUCUUCGUUUGAGAUUUCCUGGAGUUUUAUUUUUUUGGCGGAAUGAAAAAAUGCAGAGCUUCGAAUAUUUCAAUCGUAAAGGUUCACACUGUGCGAGAAAAGUGAUAUUAGUUGUAUGCAUGCUUAUUAUAAGGGUGUCUGUUUAAGUGGUGGGUAAUGAACAUAUAUUUCCAAAUUGAAUGAAGGGAGAAAUCGCAUAAAAAUUUAUCUUGAUUUGAUUCGAUAUAUGUAUAUUGGGAGUUUCAAAAGUGUUUUUUUUUUGGCCUAAACAAAUUGUAUUUACACUCGUUCUCGAAGCAUUCCUUGCGAAAAUUGAAUUAUUUCGGGCGACUAGAGGAUCGCAAUCAGUACCACUGAAAAUAUGUAGAACCAUUACAUAAACUUAUUAUUGUAUGAUUUAUCACCAACUUCAUCGAUUCUGUACUGCUUCUAAACUCUCACACUAUUUUGAAUACUCACCGGGUAGUUUUUCUAUGUGCACUGGGAAGGAAUUUUUCGAUUUUAUAUCGCAACGUUUAACCGCCGAAGUCUAAGGAGCCUACACUCAAGAAUCUGCUGUAUUUAUAACUGUUUUUCUAUCUCAAAAUAAUCUUUAUGAAGUAUCGUAGUUACAUAUUAUCGUGUGUGUGUUGGUAGUUCAUGUUCUCUAACUUUUUGGGUUUGUUUCAUUUGAUGAGUUUCGUUGUUGUUGUUGUUGGUCUUUGGAUAUCUCCAGGAUGAGAUUGACGAGUACACAGAUUGGUUUGGUAGGGACCGGAGGUUAACACUGACAUUUCUGUUUAGUUUGGCCGAAGUGUGAAAAGCCUACCGGGAAUUUCUGGCAGUUUGGAGAUGGGUAUAUCGAACCUUUUUUUGGCAGGGUAAAAAAUUGUAGAUUUUCGUGUGUAAAACUUUGUACAGCCUUAUCGUGUCUUAGGAUUGUAAAAUUGUAAUGGAAAUUAUCAGGAGGGCAUUUUCGAAUCGAGUCUCCAGCUUGGGAAUGACGCCGUCAUGAGAGUUGAGAUGUGUGUGUUAAUGCAAUAUGUAAAAUAUUUUUAUGUCGUUACAGAAAGCUUUAUAUAUGUUUUAAUUUCAUAUCAUUAUAAGGAUGUUUCAGUUUUUAUUGUCUUUUUGAUAUAAGCCAAUAAAAUAUAUUUCAUCGA